AUGACCGGCGCCCGCCCGCAGACACCCCGGCUGCCGGGGGCGGCGUCGCGGGCUGGGGACCGGGCCCCGGACGCGCAUUCCACGCCUGCCCGCUCCGUCCUGUUCUCCUCCGCGUCCUUCCCCCGCAGACCCCCGGGGGCCCGGGCGCCGGCGUCCUCGGGCGGCUGCGGGGGCGCGCAGGGCGGACGUGGGGCCGGACCCGGGGCGCGUGGGGCCGCCGCGCCGCCUCGCCCGCUGCCCUCAGUGCCCACGCGCGGCCGGCCGGGGAGGCGCGGCGUCGGCGCCCGCGUUUCCUCUCACACACCAUCCUCCCAGAGGGCGCCGCCGCGGCCCCGGAGCCCCGCGCCCCCAGGCGGGCGCCGCGCCCGGGAUGGAGCCGGAUUCCGCCUCCCGCCGCCCGCGGGCCCGGGACGCGCGACCCCGAGCCCGGCACCCCGGCGGGCCGGCGCCGUCCUCACCGCGCCCCCACCGCUCCUGGCUCCCGGGAAACGGGCAGCGGGGACCGCGGUGGGGCGGGGAAGCGGGGAGCCGCCUGGAGCAGCGGGACCGGACCCCGGGGCGGGAAGGGGGUCCGGCAGCGAGGGGGCGGAGAGGAGAGAGGGAGCCGCACAGGAUCCCAAAGCCGGCCACCCUCCCCCCCGCUGGGACCGUCCCGCCACCGCUUCCUGCCCGGGAUCGGCUUCCCAGCUGCAGCCAGAGGGAAAGUCUGAGCCGCCCCUGCAGCUCCGCAGGGACCCGUCGCUCGGCCCGGGGCCCCCGCCCGCCCGCCAUGCCGCAGCCCCGCACGCCUCCUCACCCGGACGCCGCACGCCACGAGCUCGCUCGCCGCGGGACCCGUCCCGCUCCAGCCCCAGCCGCCGGGCCGCCGCGCCGCCGCCUCCCUCCGCUCGGUUUCAAAUUGAAAUUCCCCGGCUGGGGCCGUCAGAGGACUCGGCGCGCCCGCCCCGCCCCCUCGCGGCGGAAGCUCCUCCCGCGCCCCCGCCGGACGCGCCCCCGGCGCGGAAACCCCCGCGCCCGGGCCACGCCCCCGGGCACGCCCCCGCGCCGGCGGCUCUUGCCGCAGGGUUGGCCGCGUGGUCGGCGGUACCCAGGCUGGAGGCACCGCGCCGCCCUCUGAGCUCCCGGGAUGGUGGUUGCCGGUGCGGCCGUGCAAGGCGUUCUUACCCGCGCAUCCCGCCUUAA